CACACACGUGACCUCUAGUAAAGAAGAAGGGGGAAGCUCAAACAGGAAGGAGUAAAGAUGAAAGUCCGUAACGACUCCUCUCUUAAGUCAACAGGGCACAAAGAAGAAACCAGCAUGUCUGUGGCAAGAAGAUGAAUGAUUUGAAGGAAGAGGAGGACAGAGCAGUGUCUGAUGUCCAGCUGUCUGUCUAUGAAGAGUGACCGGUCAAAAUAUUAUCCUCCAGACUUCAGUAAUGAACCUGGACCUUCAGAAACAAACUGUCACACCAACGUUAACGAAUCAAUCAAAACACGUAAAGACACCACUGUUAACUGAACCACAACAAACAGAGAGCCGAGAUGACGAAGAGUGACCUCCUCAACAUUCUGGACGAUUUAAAUGAUGAUGAAUUUAAGAACUUCAAGUGGUACCUGAAGGAUGAAAAGGUGGGCGACACUGAACCCAUCAAAGAGAGCCCUUUGUUGAAGGCAAAGAGGCGGGACGUGGUGGAUCUGAUGGUGCAGAAAUAUGAAUUUGCUGGAGUUGUGGAGGUGAUCAAAAGUAUUUUGAAGAAGAUCAGCAGGAAUGAUCUGGUGGGGAAGUUGCCAAACAUCGUCUCAAGAGCAGAAGAUUGUGAUCUACAGGAGAUUACAAAUAAAUAUAAGAUCAGUCUGACGAGGAUAUGUCAAAAUGUGACUGAAGGAACUGAUGAAGCAGAAAGUAGAACCCUGCUAAACAGUAUCUACACUGACCUCUACAUCACAGAGGGAAAGAGUAAAGACAUUAAUACCCAACAUGAGGUGUGGCAGCUUGAGACAACUUCCAAGAUGGAGACUCUCCAUGACACUCCAAUCAAGUGUCAUGACAUCUUCAAAGUCUUACCUGACCAACAGAAAUGCAUCAUCAAAGUUGUUCUGACAAACGGUGUUGCUGGCGUUGGAAAAACCUUCUCAGUGCAGAAAUUCACUCUGGACUGGGCAGAGGGCUUGGAAAACCAAGAUCUCAGUCUGGUGAUUCUACUUUCGUUCAGGGAGCUGAACUUAAUCAAAGAUGAGAAGUACAGCCUCCUCAUGCUGAUCCAUGAUUUCCAUCCAACAUUACAGAAGGUCACAGCAGAGAAGCUCAGAGAAGAUGACUGUAAAGUUUUGUUCAUCUUUGACGGCCUGGAUGAAAGCAGACUUUCACUGGAUUUCAAGAACAGGAAGGUCGUGUCUGAUGUCACACAAAAGACAUCAAUCAACGUGCUGUUGACAAACCUCUUCAAGGGGAAUCUGCUUCCCUCGGCUUUCAUCUGGAUAACGUCCCGACCUGCAGCAGCCAGUCAGAUCCCCCUGACAUGUGUUGACAGGGUAACAGAAGUACGAGGGUUCACUGACAACCAGAAGGAGGAAUACUUCAGGAGGAGAUUCAGUAAUGAAGAGCAGGCCAGCACAAUCAUCUCACACAUCAAGACAUCCAGGAGUCUCCACAUCAUGUGUCACAUCCCAGUCUUCUGCUGGAUCAUUGCUACAGUUCUGGAGAAUGUGUUGAAAAGCAGGGAGGGAGGAGAGCUGCCCAAGACCCUGACUGACCUAUACUCACUCUUCCUGGUGGUUCAGACAAAGAGGAAAAUGCACAAGUAUGAUGACGGAUGUGAGAUGAGUCCGCAGGUUCAACCAAAGAGGAAGAAGUAUGAUGAGGGACAUGAGACGUGUCCACAGGAGCUGACAGAGGCUGACACAGAAGUUCUUCUGAAGCUGGGGAGGCUGGCAUUUAAACAUCUGGAGAAAGGAAACAUCAUGUUCUACCAAAAAGACCUGGAGCAGUGUGGUCUUGAUGUCACAGAGGCCUCUGUGUUAUCAGGAGUUUGUACAGAGAUCUUCAAAAAAGAGAGUGUGAUCUUCCAUAAAAAAGUCUACUGCUUUGUUCAUCUGAGCGUUCAGGAGUUUCUGGCUGCAGUUUACAUCUACCACUGUUACACCAACACCAACACUGAGGUACUGGAGGCCUUUCUGGGGAAAAAAAACAGUGACCCAUCUCUAGAUGUCUUUUUGAGGAGUGCCAUGGAGAAAUCUCUCAAAAGUAAAAAUGGCCACCUGGACCUGUUUGUUCGCUUCCUUCAUGGCCUCUCUCUGCAGUCCAACCAGAGUCUCUUAGGAGGCCUGCUGAGUCAGACAGAGAACAGUCAAGAAAUCAUCCAGAGAGCCAUCAACAAGUUGAAGGAGAUGAGCAUGUACUAUAUCUGUCCCGACAGAAGCAUCAACAUCUUCCACUGUCUGAUAGAGAUGAAUGACCGCUCAGUGCAUCAAGAGAUCCAAGAGUUCCUGAAGUCAGAGAACAGAUCCGAGAAGAAACUCUCUGAGGUCCACUGCUCAGCUCUGGCCUAUAUGUUGCAGAUGUCAGAGGAGGUUCUGGAUGAGUUGGACCUGAAGAAGUACAACACAUCAGUGGAGGGACGACGGAGACUGAUCCCAGCUGUGAGGAACUGCAGAAAGGCUCAACUUUCUGGCUGUGGACUCUCAGACACUCACUGUGAAGUUGUGGCCUCAGCUCUGAAGUCCAACCCCUCCCAUCUGAGAGAGCUGGAUUGCAGUUUGUCAGACAUCAGCUGUGCUUCUCUGGCCACAGCUCUGAAGUCCAACCCCUCCCAUCCGAGAAAGCUGGAGCUGGAUGAAAACAAGCUGCAGAAUUCAGGGCUGAAGUUGCUGUGUGAUUUUCUGAAGAGUCCACACUGUAGACUGGAGAAUCUGAGAUUGUGCCACUGCAGUUUGUCAGAGAUCAGCUGUACUUCUCUGGCCUCAGCUCUGAAGUCCAACCCCUCCCAUCUCAGAGAACUGGAUCUGAGUCGAAACAAGCUGCAAGUUUCAGGAGUGAAGGUGCUGUGUGAUUUUCUGGAGAGUCCACACUGUAGACUGGAGACUCUGAGACUGUGGCGCUGUCGACUGUCAGAGAUCAGUUGUGCUUCUCUGGCCUCAGCUCUGAUGUCCAACCCCUCCCAUCUGAGAGAGCUGGAGCUGGGUGACAACAAGCUGCAGGAUUCAGGACUGAAGCCACUCUAUGAUGUUCUGGACAGUCCACACUGUAGGCUGAAGACUUUGAAAUUGAGUCGCUGCAGUUUGUCAGAGAUCAGCUGUGCUUCUCUGGCCUCAGCUCUGAAGUCCAACCCCUCCCAUCUGAGAGAGCUGGAGCUCAGUGGCAAUGAGCUACAGGACUCAGGGGUGAAACUGCUGUGUGAAUUUCUGGAGAGUCCACACUACAGACUGGAGACUCUGGGAUUGAGUCGCUGCAGUUUGUCAGAGAUCAGCUGUGCUUCUCUGGUCUCAGCUCUGAAGUCCAACCCCUCCCGUCUGAGAGAGCUGCAACUCAGUCAUAACAAGCUUCAGGAUUCAGGAGUGAAGCUGCUGUGUGAUUUUCUGGAGGGUCCAUACUGUAGACUGGAGACUCUGCGAGAGCUGGAAUUGAGAGGAAACAAGCUGCAGGGUUCAGACAUGAAGCUGCUGUCUGACCUUAAGGAGAAUCAACACUGUAGACUGGAGACUUUGAGGAAAUAA